UCAACAAACCCUCCCCAUCGACCCAUUGUAGACUCUCCUUUGCUCAUUUUCGGGGACUGUUUUUUCUCUCUCUCUUCUGUUUUCUGCAAGCUGUACGUAAGUGGGUGUGUCGAUCGGCCAGUGUAGCCUGGUUGGUGCUGCUUAUGCGCACUCAGAAAAGAGGAAAAAGUUCAUGGUGAGUUUAGUCUGAAACCCGCCCGCCUCUGAGUAGGCUAGCCGUCCCAGAAUGGCUAUUUGGACCAGAGCGGACAAAAACGGCCAACUGGAUCUUUUGCUCCGGGACCGUUGGAUCCGAGUGGCCGCCGAACUGACCCGUGAAACAUUUACUCUAACGGCCGAAGCGGAGAUAACCGCACAUGGGUCCAAUCAUCUGGAUUACAACUCCCCUGCAGGCCAACGGAAUGGAAUGUCAAACGGAAACGAUUCGAACUUGGCUUCUGGAAACCCAAAUCGAGGUCCCAACUCGCGCCAAGAGCCGUACCAGAACCACGACAGUCCGGGGCACGGAGCUAACACCCGCGGACAAUACGGCAGCUAUGGUGUGAACAGCCCAAAGCAGUACCCAAAUAACGGCGCAAACUCUGACUUUGGAAGCCCUGGGUCCAGUUAUGGUAGUCCUGGGUCCAGUUUUAGUUCACGGCAAGGCGAAAUUCCUAUUAGUUUGGACGGUUCGACCGAAGCGGUGCGUAAAGUUCGAGUUGUCAAACAAGAGUCUGGCGGGUUGGGUAUCAGCAUCAAGGGCGGCAGGGAGAACAGAAUGCCCAUUCUCAUUUCCAAGAUCUUUCCCGGACUUGCAGCGGACCAGAGUCGGGCUCUCCGGGUGGGCGAUGCGAUCCUCUCCGUGAACGGCAAUGACCUCCGUGAAGCUACGCAUGAUUUAGCGGUUCAGGCGCUUAAAAAGGCAGGAAAAGAGGUGACGCUCGAGGUGAAGUACAUCCGCGAGGUGUCGCCGCUGUUCAAGAAGCCGUCCCUGGUGGCCGACCUGCCUUGGGACGGCGUCCGCCCGCAGUCGCCCAACUGUAGCGGCAGCGAGGACUCCGGCUCGCCCAAGCACAGCAGCUCCUCCGGCCCCCGGGACAGGAAGGUGAUCGGCCUCAAGAUGUGCUUCAUCAGCAGGAACCUCACCAUGCCCGACCUGGAGAACAGGCUGUUGGAGCUGCACUCCCCCGACGGGCAGCACACGCUGGUGCUGCGCUGCAAGGACGCGCCCACCGCCAACUCCUGGUUCACCGCCAUCCACACCAACAUCGCCGCGCUGCUCCCGCACGUGUUGGCCCACAUCAACGCCUACCUGGGGGCCACGGUCGCCUCCUCCUCUCACCCCCACCUCAAGCACAUCGGCUGGAUGGCCGAACAGGUCCAGCUGGAGGGUGGGCGGCAGCAGUUCAGGCCAAUCGUCAUGGCGCUGACGGAGAAGGACAUCUUGCUGUUUGAGUCUGUGCCUUGGAGUGGAGAGUCCUGGUCCACUCCGCUCCUCACCCACCCACUGCUGGCCACGAGGCUGGUCCAUUCAGGCAGUGCCCGGAGCUCCCCAGCCCAGGGGGCUGACCUGGUGUUUGCCACGCGGACGGGCACCGGCCGGGGCAUCGAGUCCCACCUCUUCCGGGUGGAGACCCACUGGGACCUGUCGUCAUGGACACGGGCCCUGGUGCAGGGGGGCCACGCCGCCGCUGAGCUCAUCAAGGAAGUGUCCAUUGGUUGCACCCUGAGCAGCCAAGACGUGCGCCUGACCCUGCACUACGAGAAGGGGUUCACGGUGAUGCGGGAGCCGUCGGACCCCGGCGGGGGGGCCGUGCUGUACAGGUACCCCUUUGAGAAGCUCAGGAUGUCGGCUGACGACGGGGUCCGCAACCUUUACCUGGACUUUGGGGGUCCGGAGGGAGAAAUGGUGUUUGACCUCCACUCCGGGCCGAAGCCAGUCGUGUUUGUCCUCCACUCAUUCCUAUCGGCCAAGCUGACGCGCAUGGGUCUGCUGACGUAAGCUAGCCCCGACCAGGUCAGCCGACAACCAUCCUGGGGUACUGAGCCCCCCCUCCCCGCCCAAAAACAAAUGAAAUAUUAUCUAUAAAUAUUUUUUUAAACCUACAUAGUGUACAGAGGCAUCGAAAGAGGCAUCGGUGAAGCUAAGUUUGCGUGAAUUGCUGAUCUAUGACUCAAUGCUUGUCUAAAGAGAAAAAAAGUGCCUUCUCUUCCAUCCCUUGGCUUUGAACUGCUGGUAAACUGUCGCUGGCAAGGUCAGGGAACCAUAAGUUAUACUUGUAGGGUUGGGUGCUGCCUGGGCACUCCAGACAGGAACAAGGUUCAUGUUUUUAUAGAUCUGUUUCACCUAGAUGACAGUAUGUAGGGAGUAGGAACCAAAUGGUGGUAGAAACUAAAGAGCUGUUCAGAAAAGAUUCCGUAAAGCCUUUGAGGUAAUAUUAGGAAAACAAUGUGGACAGUGUCGUUUAAAAAUGUGUUCAGCACCACUCAAAAUUAUGCAGGAAAAGGACUAUGUCAGAUAAUUUUGAUAUGGAACCGGUUUUGAACGGUUUGUUAAUGUUUCAUUUAUGCCUAGAAUUCCAGUAAAGCCUUUGAUAGCGGGCAGUUUCUCAGUACAUCGUUUCUGUCUCUGCUAGAUCAUGUGUACAAUGAGAGAGAGAGUGAGAAAAAAAAGGUUUGUGUAUAUUGUAUGUUUGCUUUUAUAGAUUUUGCAUGCAGAUUGAUGAUCUUGUGAGUGAGUGUUUUUUACAUUGGCACUUUUACUUGCGUGAAAGUAUUUUAAUACUUCUGUGCAUGGGUUGUUAAACACUCAAUUUGUUACCACACUAUCCUAAACUACUGGUGUGAUUUGGAUUGCCAACAGUGCCUUUUCCCAUUCAGUCAAUUUUGAUCAUUUUUAAGAAUUCCUUUGUUUUUACCAUCAAUUUGACACAACUACACACGCUUUUGAAAUGCAACACAGCAAUCGUAUAACUCUCACUAUGUACAUAUGUAUCUUUGUUUUAAUUGUGUAUGUUUCUUUUAUCUGUACAAAUGUAUGCCAUAUGUAAGCAUGACUUCAUGAUAUCUUACUUAAAAUGAACUCUGCUGAGAUUAUAAUUCCUUUAAACCUUAAGUGCAGUAUUUCAUAAAGAAUAUAUAUUUUAUCAAUCGCAUUCCAAGGGUAAUCUUGCUUAUGCUGUAGAAAAUGCUAAACAAAGAUGCUUAAGGAUAUUUGCAGUUAAACAUUUAUUGUCAAUGCUAAUUUACACAUUUAUUUCUACUGCAUGACAAUCCAAUGCAGAACGCAGCCUCACCCUAAAACUAUUUAUAGAUUAUAAUCAAACAAAUAAGACUUCUCCAAGAGAAGUAUUGCUCAGAAGCAAUUAUCAUUCCUCUUUGUUUCCAAAAGGCAUACCUUGCCCCUGAACUGCAUAUAACUGUAUUUAUUUUAUUCGAUUUUGAAAUCAUUUGAUAACCUGUACCUUCUUUGAAUUCUGGUAUUUUUGUCUGUUACAAGACCUGAAUUGUGAAGUGGAACUCAGCUUGAAUGUAGAUAAACUCAACCCAUUGCCCCCACAUUGACCCUCAGUUAAUGUUUCCUAUUGUCCUAAUAUCAUUAUCUUCUUUGUAGACAUUCUGUGUCCUUCAUAUUUCAUGCAAAGGUACAAUAAUAUGUCCAAUUUUAUCUGGACAUACAUGACUAGUCCAUCAGAUACAAUAAUCUUAAGUAAAUUCUAACAUGCUCGGCAUAAUCUCACUUAUUUAAGGCAUCUUAGAUCUACAUUACUGCCACCAAUUAUGUUACAUAUUUUUUUCUGAAAUUUACACGGAACUCUACACUAGUGAUUGUUGUUCACUUGUAUUUAACUCAGAUAACAUUUAUAUUAGAAUCAGGGCAUUAACAUCUUCCUCUGCCCCUGGUAACAAGUCUAAGGCUUUCACUUGUGUCUGCUUUGACACCCAAGCCAAUCAAUUAAUUUAAACUGGUGACUAUAUGAUUUUCCAAUGAUCCUUUCUAAAUGCAAAGCAAUGCCUCAGAUAAUGGCAUCCAAACCAAAGUUGUUGCGUACAACACAAUCACCUUGCAGUAAGCGCCAGAAGCUAAAUGUGUGCUGCUGCAAAUCUCUUUAUGAUGCAACGUAGACUUAUUUUAGAAAGAAGUACCAUCUUUUGCUGACAACCAGUAUGGAAUGUAUGAUAUAAUUGUUACAACUUCAAAUGUAGAUACAUAGAUACUAAUAAAACGAUUAAAAAAUGA